UCAAGAUGUAUUGCAGAGAUUGGAGUACCUUCUGUUUUAUUAUCUCAGGAAUAUCAAGAAUCCAAUAUUCAGUCAUUCUUAAUCGGUGUUAACCGUAAAAGAUUCUGUUUUUUAAAUUAUUAGCAAUGAUUUAGUUUAUUUAAAAAUAAGUUCUAUUAUAAAAUGAAAUAAUGAAUGUAGAUUGUUAAUUAUAUUUAUACCAAACAACAGGGGAAACGAGUGUUUAGUGUUGAUCUUGGCUUGGUAAAAGACGAUUAAAACGAAGGGAUGAUGAUGGGUGAUCAAUUUCGUAGCAAAGUCGAACAAUAUUCACCAAAAUCAUCACCAAGGGGUGCACGUUCCCCUGUUGUAUCACGUCAAGAUUCAACAGGAACACUAAAAACAACAAUAUCCCUGGGAAAAAAUCCUUCGAUUGUUCACAGUGGACCUUUUUAUUUGAUGAAAGAACCUCCUGGGGAAAGUGAACUUACUGGAGCAACUAAUUUGAUGGCCUAUUAUGGCCUCGAACACUCAUAUAGUAAAUUCAGUGGUAAAAAAUUAAAGGAACAACUUUCAUCAUUUCUUCCAAGUCUUCCUGGUACUAUUGAUACUCCUGGACAUCAAGAUAAUAGUUCUUUGAGAUCUGUGAUUGAAAAACCACCAAUUGGAGGGAAAGAAUUACUUCCAUUAACAAGUGUUCAACUGUCAGGUUUUCGAUUACAUCCUGGGCCUUUACCUGAGCAAUAUCGAUAUGUUAAUCAAGCACCUCAAAGGAAGCACAAGAAUAAACAUAAGAAGCAUAAACAUAAACCUGGAGAUGUUCCAGCUGGACAAGAGAUAGCGACCACUGAUAUCGGUGGUCCGGAUACCCACGAAAAGAAACACAAAAAACAAAAAAGACACGACGAAGAAAAAGAAGCCAGGAAGAAACGUAAGAAAGAAAAGAAACGAAAAAAACAAAAACACAGUCCUGAACAUCCUGGUGGACUCACGCCGUCGCAGCAUUCCAACUCGUGAUUGACAAUUACUUUUUUUAUACGUUUAUCUAAUUGUAAGCUGGCCAAUCGUGGAGAAUUUUUUGCUCAUUUAAACGAACUAAACUAAAAACUUUUUUUUUUAAAUUAUUAAAAAAAAAUUUAUAAGUUUCUUGUAUCAUUUUUUUUUGUUCAAAUCGAAUUAUGUCAAUUGAACAAAUGAUUAAUUGUUUUGAAACAAUUACUUAUUGUUUAAAAAUGUGAAUCAAAAGUUAUUCUAUUUGAGUGAGAUAUUACAUAACAUGCGAAAAAUUUCUACUCAACUUCAAUAGUAAUUGAAAAUAAGAUAAAAGUAAUACUAAACAAAAAAUAAUUAAAAAAGAAAAAAAGUCACAUGAUAUGUACUUGAUAGCUUCCAACAUUCAUGUGUUGUUCAUAAUGCGAAUCUGCUUUAUUCCAAAGAUUCAGCAAUCUUGUAAAUAUUUUUAUUAUAAUUAAAGUUGUAAUAAUAACAAUAAUAAUAUGUGCUUGAUAGAUUUAAAUAUAUAAAUAAGUUUAUAAUUUCAAUAAAGUAGUAUUUAUAAUGUAGAUUUAUAAAUAAUAGUUUAAUUAAUUAAUUUUUUUUUUCGUCGUUGAUUAUUUUCUUCGUUUAACUAGAUCGGUAUUAGU